AUUGGUGGGAGACCAGUGUCAGUGGUUUUCUGAAUAGAGAGCAAAUUUGGGUUUUAUCAUGGUGUUUCCACUGUAGAAAACACUUCAAACGACACCCAAGGAAUUUUCCCCCGCACCUUCCUCUUGUUCGAGCGCAUAAACAAGGUGUGAAUGACCGACGUGGUGCCCCCCACUGCGCUCAGCGAAGUCCAGCUCCGCCUCCUCUGCCACGAUGACAUAGACAGCGUCAAGCUGCUGUGCGGUGAUUGGUUCCCCAUCGAGUACCCAGACUCAUGGUAUAAUGACAUCACAUCCAACAAGAAGUUCUUCUCCCUAGCCGCCAUCUUCAAGGGAGGCAUCGUGGGAAUGAUCGUAGCUGAGAUCAAGGGCCGGACCAAAGUACACAGAGAGGAUGGAGACAUCCUAGCCUCUAGAUUUCCUGUGGACACCCAGGUGGCUUACAUACUGAGUCUGGGGGUGGUGAAGGAGUUCAGGAAACAUGGAAUAGGCUCCUUGCUGCUGGACAGUCUUAAGGAGCACAUCUCCACCACGGCCCAGGACCACUGCAAGGCCAUCUACCUCCAUGUGCUGACAACCAACACCACGGCUAUACACUUCUACCACAACAGAGACUUCACGCAGCAUCACUACCUACCUUACUACUACUCCAUACGAGGGGUGCUGAAAGAUGGGUUCACAUACGUACUGUACAUCAACGGAGGGCAUCCGCCCUGGACGCUCUUUGACUACAUCCAACACAUUGGCUCGGCCCUGGCCAGCCUCAGUCCCUGCUCAAUCCCCCAGAGACUCUACAGACAGGCCCAGUCUCUGCUCCGCAGCCUGAUACCCUGGUCCGGCAUCGCAUCCAAGACUGGUAUCCAGUACAGCAGGACCAUGUGACAGUAGAGGGUCUUCACCUGUGUUCUUCAGGACCCUCUGACCUCACCUGACCCACCACCACCCGGAACCCUGGAAAGACUGAGGGCUGAGACCCCCCAGACACCAACCAAGACACCCAGCCACUAAGCCCAGACCCUACAAACCAAGCCGCCCAGCCCACCAAACCAAGCCGCCCAGCCCACCAAACCAAGCCGCCCAGCCCACCAAACCAAGCCGCCCAGACCCUACAAACUAAGCCUCCCAGCCCACCAAACCAAGCCGCCCAGCCCACCAAACCAAGCCGCCCAGACCCUACAAACUAAGCCUCCCAGCCCACCAAACCAAGCCUCCCAGCCCACCAAACCAAACCAAGCCGCCCAGCCCACCAAACCAAACCAAGCCUCCCAGCCCACCAAACCAAGCCGCCCAGCCCACCAAACCAAGCCGCCCAGCCCACCAAACCAAGCCUCCCAGACCCUACAAACCAAACCAAGCCUCCCAGCCCACCAAACCAAGCCUCCCAGCCCAUUAAACCAAGCCUCCCAGCCCACCAAACCAAGCCGCCCAGCUCACCAAACCAAGCCUCCCAGCUCACCAAACCAAGCCUCCCAGCUCACCAAACCAAGCCUCCCAGCAAGCUACACACCAAGCGUCUCAUCUCUCCCUAGCUGUCCUAUCCUGUCCUACAGCUCAUACAGAGACGAUGUAUUAUAGCUGUACAUUACAUAUAUCCUCUAAUAUAUAUAUAUAUAUAUAUAUAUAUAUAUAUAUAUAUAUAUAUAUAUAUAUAUACCCUGUCAGUAGCUGCCCUGUCCUCACUGUACUGUCUGAGCCAGUGGUGUAGUGGAGGGUCAACACAUGUAGAUGCCAUUCACCUUUUCUUUACUAUUGUGGGAAAAUGCAUUGAAAUACAGAGAUUGAGUGUUACCUUAUUCACUGGAAUGGUGUGGACCGGGGUGAGAUUCAGUAGGGUUGAAGUCAACUCUGGUUUCAACUAGACCGGGGUGAGAUUCAGUAGGGUUGAAGUCAACUCUGGUUUCAACUGGACCGGGGUGAGAUUCAGUAGGGUUGAAGUCAACUCUGGUUUCAACUGGACCGGGGGGAGAUUCAGUAGGGUUGAAGUCAACUCUGGUUUCAGUUCAGACAAUUUGAAAUUCUAUUUGUCAAUAAUCCGAAUCCACAUAGAAAAAUAAUUUGUCUUAUUUCAAUACAAUCAUUGAAAUUCUGAUUCCCGAGUUGAGAUCAGCACUCACAUUUUCACACAAAUCUUCCAUUGACAUCAAUGUAUGAUCUACACGGAAGUCUACUUUAAGUGUGCACAGAGAUCUCAAGGACUAGGAUUCCUCCCAGAUUGACUUUCAGUUCACUUUGUGUUCCGAUUCAGACUUGAGAUAAGUAGACUUACAGUAAAUCCAUUUUUUUGUUUUACUGAAGUCCACGUUUAGUCAACUUUAUCUCAAGUCUGAAUUGUGCCCUUCCUGACCUAAUUUUGAUCUGAAAUGUGUUUUGACCUGAAACCCUGCUGUCUGUCUGUCCCCUUCAGGGCUGUCUGUCAUUCUGCUGGUCAUGUAGACAACCAGACAGUCUGGUUUAAAUCCAGAUGUUUAACAUAGCUGACAAUAGAUUUGUUUGUCUUCCUGUUUGUAUUAAGAGAUUAAAAAAUAUAACAUGG